CCUCAUUGGCGAAUGAGACCUGUCGCCGUGCAUCGGCUCGGCCGCGUCGGCUACGCCUCGUCGCAGGCGCUGCAGCGCUCGCUCGCCGCGCAGGUGCGCUCCGGCGUGCGCGGGGACACGCUGCUGCUGCUCGAGCAUCCGCCCGUCUUCACGCUCGGCCGCGUGCAGCAGUCGGCGGCCAACGUGCUCGCGUCGCCAGAGGAGAUUGCGGCGGCGGGGGCGUCGGUGCAUCAGUCGGAGCGCGGCGGCAACGUCACUUUCCACGGGCCUGGCCAGCUUGUCGCGUACCCGAUUCUCGACCUCGGCCGCUUCCGGAAGUCGGUCCACUGGUACGUCGAGGCGCUCGAGGAUACGCUCAUCGGCACGGCCGGCGCCUUUGGGGUGUCUGCGAGGCGCGGCGGCGACGGCGAGACGGGCGUUUGGGUGACGGACCGGAAGAUUGGCGCGAUCGGCGUGUCGGUCUCGCGCUGGGUCACCUCGCACGGCGUCGCGCUCAACGCGGAGACGGACCUCCGCUUCUUCGACAUGAUUGUGCCGUGCGGGCUGCACCACAACACGAGAGUCACCUCGCUUAGCCGCGAGGUUGGGCGAGGCGUCUCUGUGUCGGAGGCGGCGCCGCCCUUCCUCGACGCGUUCGCGCGCAUCUUUGAGUGCGAGCUUGUUGAUGCGCCGGAAAUGUCGCUCGAGGAGGAGGUUUGCCAGGCGGCGGAGGCGGUGGCCGCGCCGGCGCCGGCGGCGGCUUCCUCUGCACCCUCCUGAGUACCGCUACCGGAGUGAGACGACUGCGGGGAGAGCGAUGCGCUCGCGUGUGCGUGUGAUUGUGUUGUCGAGGUGUGUGGUUCAAGCUCACGAGCGAAAAGCUAACGUGGUUGUACCAC